AUGGGGAAGGCUAGCAGGUGGCUGAAGGGGUUGUUGGGCAUGAAGAAGGAGAAGGACCACAGUGACAAUUCAGGGUCUUUGGCUCCUGACAAGAAGGAGAAGAAAAGGUGGAGUUUUGCUAAGCCAGGGAAGGAUGUGGCACCUCACAUUACUUCUACUCCCACUGCUGUUUCAGGCACUGAUAACACCUGGCUCAGAUCCUAUAUUGCUGAGACUGAGAAUGAGCAGAACAAGCAUGCAAUUGCUGUGGCAGCUGCCACAGCCGCCGCCGCCGAUGCUGCCGUGGCUGCAGCACAGGCGGCGGUGGCUGUGGUGAGGCUAACAAGCCAGGGGAGAGGUACAUUGUUCAGUGGGAGCAGGGAGAAGUGGGCUGCUGUGAAGAUUCAAACUUUUUUCAGAGGCUAUUUGGCACGGAAGGCUCUUAGAGCAUUGAAAGGAUUGGUUAAGAUUCAAGCUCUUGUUAGAGGCUACCUAGUUAGGAAGAGAGCUGCUGCAACACUUCACAGUAUGCAAGCUCUAAUAAGAGCCCAGACUGCUGUUAGAACACAACGAGCUCGUCGAUCCAUGAGCAAAGAAAACAGAUUUCUACCUGAAGUUCUUGCAAGAAAAUCUAUGGAACGAUUUGAUGAAACAAGGAGUGAAUUCCACAGUAAAAGGCUAGCUUCACCCUAUGAAACACCCUUGAAUGGGUUUGAUGAAAGCCCCAAAAUUGUUGAAAUUGACACUUACAAGACUAGAUCAAGAUCUAGGCGCUUUACAUCCACAAUGUCUGAAUGUGGUGAAGACAUGUCUUGUCAUGCAAUUUCAUCACCACUUCCUUGCCCAAUCCCAGGUAGAAUCUCAGUUCCUGAUUGCAGACAUGUUCCAGAUUAUGAUUGGUACUUCAAUGUCGAUGAGUGUAAGUUCUCCACUGCUCAUAGCACCCCACGUUUCACAAACUAUGUGCGUCCUAAUGCACCAGCUACACCAGCCAAGAGUUUUUGUGGAGACACCUUCUAUAGACCAUGCUCCAAUUUCCCAAACUACAUGGCCAAUACUCAGUCAUUCAAGGCAAAACUAAGGUCUCAUAGUGCUCCAAAACAAAGACCGGAACCCAAGAAAAGGCUCUCACUUAAUGAAAUGAUGGCUGCUAGAAAUAGCAUUAGUGGUGUUAGAAUGCAAAGGCCAUCCAAUUUCUUCCAAACUCAAGAGUCUUGGAAUUUUUGA